AUGGAGUUGCAUAUUUGGCCUUCAGACUUUGGGUUACCAACAAUCGAUGUCGCUUCGCUUCAAUUCUUAGCAUGUUCAAAAAUGUGCGCUUCGCCGGUUCAAGUUGUCUCUUCAACGAGACCUUGGAGUUCUCCAACGGGUGAACUUCCCAUGGUGAUUGAUACAACAAAACCGCAAAAAAAGCCAGUAACCGAUUUUGAGAAAUUCGUCGAAAUCCUUCGAAAAUGCGGACAAGACGUUGUUAUCGAUGCGGAUUUGACAACGUUCGAACGAGCUCAAUUAGAUGCAUUUUCCUGCUAUCUCCAUCAUAAUCUGUUCCCAGCAGUGCUUCAAACCUUUUGGGCUGACGACCUCAACUACAACACGAUUACCCAACAUUGGUACGCCUCGCAUCUUCAUUUUCCAUAUAAUUUGUAUUAUUUGGAAAAGCGUCGGAAGAAGGCGAUCAGAAUGCUCGGAAACCGGCCGGACACGGCUAUUCUGAAAGACGCAUUCAUGGCUCUUAACACUUUAUCAACGAAGCUCGGAGAUAACAAAUUCUUCUGCGGAACCAAGCCGACAUCGCUCGAUGCUCUUGUGUUCGGCUAUCUUGCCCCACUUCUUCGUGUUCCAUUGCCAAACGAUCGCCUCCAAGUUCAAUUAUCGGCGUGCCCAAAUUUGGUGAGAUUCGUCGAAACUGUGUCAUCCAUCUAUCUUCCAUUAACUGAAGAAGAAUUGAAAAGACAGCAGUCAAAGAGAAAAAUGUGGCAGGCUCGAUUAUCGAAGGCAAAGCUUGAAAAGGACUUGAAAAAGAACGCUGAAGGUUCCGCUGAGCACACCGUCGAGGAGCCGCCAAUGAGAGAUUCGAUCAUUUUUGCGCUUUGUGCCUUAACACUUUCAAUUGCAUUUGCGGUUCAUACCGGCAUGAUACAAGUAACUGUUGAAGAGGAAGAAAUUGCUGAAUAA